GUAAGGUAGUCGCUAUCAAACCCUUCUAGUGAGUAGACUUUAAUAAAAACGUGGUUUCGCUUCGGCGUCGCCGUUGCCACAUUGAUGUGAUCGUUGUGUUUUGGUGCUAAUUGGACGUGCGUUGGUACCUUACUCACUAAACUGUGCCGCUUUGGAUUAGAACAGAUCGAUCGUUAGUCAGUUAGUUAGGAAGGCAGGUGUGUUCAGAAUAUUUACUGGGCCUUUUUCUCUGAUAUUUCUCCUGUCGAAGAGGGUCAGGGUGGACUAGUACCGGAAUUGGCCGACGUCUGCGCACUUCGACGGCGCUCCUUCCGGAAAGAAAGAUUUGUUUUGAAGGGUUGUGUGAGCGAGUGAGCGAGCAUGCUGGAGAGCUGCUGCUAGCCAGUCGAAUGAUAUACAUUUAUACGCCAUCCGAUAUCGCGGUUGACAAUUUUGCGUCCCAUUUGGCGAGAAGAGCGGAAAUGAAUCAGUGUAGCUCCAGGCAGAGUGACAGCAUAACAUACAAUUUUUCGUUAACAUAAAAGCAAUACAAAGUUAGAAAAUUUUCGGUGUGAUUAGUUGACACAAAGUGUUAUCAGUGUGAUUUGAAGUAAUCGAAUGUCGAGAGCAACGCUAGCAUUAAGCAUACAUUUGUGAGUGCUCAUGUUUACGGGCCGUCAAACGUCACCCGAAUUGGGUCAAUUUUGAUUAGGGCAGCAAUAACAAUCGAUACUCUGGAACUCGGCUGCAGUGGCUGUGACAAAUUCUAGAGGCCUACCCCGAAAACAGACAACACAACCCUUUGCUUCCAGCAGUAGCAGCAGCAUCGACCGAAAUCUGCGUCAGACGCCGAACGAAACGAAACCACAAGACGCAAGACUCAUUAAUAAUGGAUGCACUUUUGGAAGGAGUUCAGGCCCUGUUCCUGGAAAACAUCUUCGUGCAGGUGUUCACCGGGGUCAUUCUACUAAGUUGGAUAUGGCCCACGUUUCGGUACUACACAAAACUGGGGUCAGUGCUGUUCGUGGCCUUCCUGGUGCUGGUCGUACCCAUCCCUUACUUUGUCCUUCGACCCAGGAGGCCCCUCAAUGCUUUGGUUCCAGGAAUUGUCGCCUACAAGUUCAUCGAACUGAUGGGGGUGGAGUACGAAAUUCGGGGGAAGGAGAACAUCAACAUUAAGAAUGGCGGCGUUGCGAUCAUCAACCAUCAGAGCGCAAUCGAUGUGAUUCUACUGGCCCGGCUGCUGAGAGUGUUCCGGAAUAUUGUGCCGGUCGUGAAGAAGGAGCUGAUCUAUGCCUUUCCAUUUGGAAUUGGAUCCUACCUGGUGGGAGUGGUUUUCAUAAAUCGGAAGAACACGGCCUCAGCGAAGAAUGUGAUGGCACGGGAGGCAGUUGCAAUUAACAGGGAUAAUCUGAAGCUGGCCAUUUUCCCGGAGGGAACCCGUCACGAUCGCGACACGCUGCUGCCAUUCAAGAAGGGUGCAUUCCACGUGGCCGUUGCGACUCAGUCGGUCAUUCAGCCGAUAGUGAUCUCCAAGUACCACUUCCUGGACCACAAGAAGCGCCGUUUCGGUACGGGGCGAAUAAUCGUGAAGGUUUUCCCGGAGAUUUCCACCAAAGGGCUAACCAAGGACGACAUCAACGAUCUGGUGGACCAAUGUCACCGGAAGAUGGAAGCCGAAUUCAUUGCACUUAGCGAGGAGGUGAAACCUUACUGCCAUCUGUAGGGAAGAAGCUUAGUGUAAGCAGGCUGGGAUUGAUUUAAGCAAUAGGUGGAAAGUAGUGACGAGUUAUUGUAGUGACUUUUGGCGAUAGCGAAAAGUAGGACCUUGAACGAAGCGCAAAAUAUGUUUCGACCUUUCGGAAACGAUAAUUGUACAUAAGUAAAUUAACGGAAGAUUCCAUGUUAGGUCGCCUAGAAGACACUGAGAUAUAGUUAGGGUUAAAAUGAUAGUGAUAGACUCCUCUGGUUGAGAUAAACAAUUGUAUAAAGUAUUUAAAACUACUAGAGUUAUGUGGUGAAGAAUAAAUUGAAGCUUUUAAUGUAAUGAAUCAUUUCGAAGAUCUAGUCACAAAAAGUUCAGAAAAAGAUGUAUUUGUUGAGAUUGAGACAAAUUCUGAAAUUCUUGAAAAAACUGCUUAACAAUGUUUUGCCUUAUCGCCAACAUUUCGCAACUAUGAUGGUUCGAGUAAAGCGCUAUCAAUUAUGUAGAAUACAUACCAUAAAGUUCAAUAGAGUAAAUGAUGAUGUAAGCACAAACCUUUCGAAAGUCUGUCGGAAAGUGGUCAAUAAGGCCAAUGGCUGGACAAAUACUACUGCUUCCUUGAUAAAUUGAAUUGAAUU